UAUGGUUUUGUAGAGAGGAGGAAAGGAAAAAAGAAUCUCAGUAAACGAUUGAUUGAUUGGUUGGUGAGCUAUUCUUUAGGAUACGAAAAUAAUCGAUGGCGACUUUGAAGCUUCAAGCUCUCUGGAAUCACCCUGCCGGUCCUAAAACCAUUCAUUUUUGGGCGCCAACGUUCAAGUGGGGAAUCAGCAUAGCCAACAUUGCAGACUUUGCCAAACCUACUGACAAAAUCUCUUACCCGCAACAGCUUGCUGUUACAUGCACUGGAGUUAUCUGGUCUCGCUACAGCAUGGUUAUCACUCCUAAAAACUGGAACCUCUUUAGCGUUAAUGUUGCUAUGGCCGGGACUGGCAUUUACCAGCUUUCUCGUAAAAUCAAAAACGAUUUUGCAUCUGAACCCGAGCCUGUUGUUGCCAAAGAAUGAUUAUGACGACGAA